UGUUAACUAUAGGAAAUUGGAAUUGUUGCUUCAUCAAAGAUGACAUCGACGAGAUGCUGAAUUUUCACAUUUAGGACCACUGCUGCAACUGUUCGACUGGGAUAAUAUCCACAUAAUAUUUCGUAUUCUCAAUAGUGCAUGCAUUUAUAUAACGCGUAAGGGCGCUGAAGGAAUUUGGAAAAUGAUGCUUGGUAUCAAAUUCCGUGAUGCACCGACUCCGCGCAUGCAAUGAAGCAGGGUGAGAUUUUCCGCGGCUAGACGUCGAGAACGCUCCGAUUUUCAUUUUCGUUCGCCGAGAUCGUAGUUACCUUCGUUCAAACAGCAAUUACAUGGUUAACCGGCAACACCGGAGGCUAGCGAGUAACAUAGUGUCUUUUUUUUGCGCGUGCUGAACGGGUAGGCCUAUUUAAAUAACGAUCGGUCAUUAUAUUGUCAUCGUUUCAGCGCGCGGUGAUUGCCGUUAUCUGAAUGUCAGAGCAUCCUCGCCCGUGUCCGGUUCGUAUCAGGGUAGCGCUCUCCGCAAGACCGACUAAGCCCACGGAGCGGGCUCCCACACACCCCUGCAGCGAAUAGAUCUGAUUGAGAGACGAUUUAUUGAAAAUCGUAAUAUGUCGGGACAGUCCAUCACGGACCGUAUCGCCGCGGCUCAGCACAGCAUGACCGGAUCUGCCAUCAGCAAAGCCGUGUGCAAGGCCACGACGCACGAAGUCAGCGCGCCCAAGAAGAAGCACCUUGAUUAUCUAAUGCACUGCACCAAUGAGCUGAACGUGAAUAUACCUCACUUGGCUGACACAUUGUUUGAGAGGACAGCAAAUCAAAGCUGGGUGGUGGUCUUUAAAGCUCUCAUUACUACACACCACCUCAUGAUGUACGGCAAUGAGAGGUUUAUCCAGUACCUUGCAUCAAGAAGCACACUCUUUAACUUGAAUAAUUUCGUAGAUAAAGGCGCAUUACAAGGUUAUGAUAUGUCCAUCUACAUUAGACGCUACAGCAGGUAUCUGACCGAGAGGGCUCUGUCCUACAGACUCGUUGCAGCUGAUUUCACCAAGAUGAAGAGAGGGACGGAUGGAGUGAUGCGCAGUAUGAGCAUAGAAAAGCUGAUGAAGACUCUACCUAUCAUUCAGAAUCAGCUGGACGCCCUUCUGGACUUUGAGGCCAGCUCUAAUGAACUGACCAAUGGGGUGAUCAAUUGUGCCUUCACGCUGCUCUUCAAGGACUCUAUCCGCAUCUUUGCUGCUUACAACGAGGGUGUCAUUAAUCUGCUAGAGAAAUAUUUUAAUAUGAAGAAGAAUCAAUGCAAAGAGGCGCUGGAGAUAUACAAGAGGUUUCUUAUCAGGAUGACCAAGCUCUCAGAGUUUCUCAAGGUGGCAGAGCAAGUUGGAAUUGAUCAGGUUGACAUCCCAGAUCUCUCACAGGCUCCCAGCAGUCUCUUAGAAGCUCUGGAACAACAUCUGGCUUCUCUGGAGGGCAAGAAAAUGAAAGAGGCCUCUACUGUCAGCAGGGAGGUGGAGGGUGACAGACUACAGCCUGCAAAGGCUGUUCAGCUCAAAGACAUUGGCAUGCAAACCCCAACAAUAUCCCCUAGCGGCCAGUCUGUGGGCAGUGCCAACAGUAGCUGCACCAGCAGCGGUGCCACCGAGCUUCUGUCCAGUCCACCUGAUCUAACCAUCACAAACGGUGUGCACAACUUCACCAAUGACCAUUUUGAUCUCCAACACAAUUCCAGCACCCCUGCUCAGACAACCACCCUACCAGCCAGUAACAACAGCUGGGGAGGAGCUCUUUUGAAGCCCACCCUGUCCUUGCAGGUCCAAAGUCAAGGCACACAGUUCUACAAUGGAGGAAAAUUACUUACUAAUGAUCUGGACUCAUCCUUGGCCAAUCUCAUGGGCAAUUUACAUUUUGGAGGACCCCCAGCCAAAAAGCCAGAAGUUCAGUGGACUCAUUUGGAGAAGAAAUCGUCUGGAGGUUCCCACUGGCAGUCUAAAGCCAUGAAUGGCACGGCACCCUGGAGCCACACACACCUGGCCCCUGCUCCCAUACCGAUGCCGCAGAUGAAUGGAAUGAUUUAUACUGGCUAUGCACCAGCUCCGGUUGCAUUUCCAAUGACAACCCCUCAAGUGCCUGUGUAUGGGAUGAUUCCACCUCCAGUGGGCCAGAUGGGGUCAAUGCCCUUAAUGGCUCCCCAGCCUGUGAUAUAUAACCAGCCCAUCCUGCGCACCACCAAUCCUUUCGCCCCAAUCCCUGGAGCUCAGAUGCACUUCAUGUAGCACUGAGGAGCAUGAUGAACUGACACAUACGCCCGAGGAAAAACAUCAACCAAUCCAAAACCAAAAAUGGCAAGGCAGACAUGAGAAACGGUUCAACUGGCUCAAAGAGACUGAAGAUGUUCAUGUGGCAUUUCCCCCUUUAGCCCGUGUGUUUGUAACAUACCCCCUCCAUCCAGCGACAUAACAGUCCUCUGUCAUUUUACAUGUUACCUUUAAUUUCUAAGUGUCAAAAUCUAGUGUUUUUAGGCAGCCCUCUUUAAUGAUGUCACUGGCUGAUGCAAACGGAAUGACAGUGUACAGUGAAUUGCAGUGGAAUGAAAAGUUGUCAUGAUGUCAAGCCCCUCCCCCGUCCCCUCCCGUUUGGAAAAGUGAUUGUUGUAAUUGUGCACACUUGAAUCAAUGUUUAUAAUGUCUAAACCAAGCCACGGUUUUGUAUGCACAUUGCCUGAAUAGUGUUUCGAAUCAACCACUGUCAAUGUUGAUUGUGCCACAGCGGCUGGCAUCUCGAUUUCUUGAGUCUUGGAGAAAUGUGUACAGGUCACUUUUCGUACAUUUGUCUCGUCCCCAAACAUUUUGGAAUUCACCUUAAAAGUUCGAUUUGUUUCUA